AUGUUCCGACACUUCCUACUCACCCUCCUCCUAACCACGGUGGUCGCUACUGACCUCUACAUUACCCGACUAAACAGCCCCAAGGGUCCAAACCCCUGUGCGCGUGUCUGUGCUGGCACCACCGGUAAAGGGUCAACUGUGUGGAACCAGUCGGGAGCACCGUACUACUUUGUGAACACACAUGUGGAUAUCUCGGAGUGUGAAUUUGUGGGAACUCCCGUUAUAACUGCUCUUAUCGACGGAAACGGCGCUAACUGGCACACGACGCUAAGUGGAACCUCAACAUCUGGAGCGAACAAGAACGGUUUCAAUGUCUACCUGUUCGGGUAUGUGGGGGUACACUCUAAUCCGGGCCAGUCUGGACCUACAGCUGAUAUCGCUAGAGGGGGCCAAUGGAACGUCAACUGGCAGGCUGUCGGCUACAUCUGUUAGACAGGCUGUCGGCUACAUCUGUUAGACAGUCUCCCGCGCAGUGUUUAAUCAUAUUUACCAUUUAUUUUUAUCAACAUUCACCACUUACUGACUUAGGAGUAUGGGAUUAUUAGAUUUACUGACAUUGUCAAAAACUUA